UGUACACGCUUGCGCGUUCAUAUGGCACGUACAUAAUAAACAUUAGUGCUAACGUUUCUCCGAGGAAUCAGGAUCCUUUUGAAGUUCCCGGUGAUCGCUCGAGCGCCCGAGAAGACGGAAGAAGACUCUUCCAGGAGUCUGGGGCUCACGAUAUAUUCUGUUAGACUUGGCGCUGGGCCUUGGACAUAUAUAUUAACACCACCACACCGCUUCACCAAGAAUUUUUUUCUCCACCACUGGCAUCGCCCCUCUAAUGGCGAAAUAUUAAAAACAAUACACACCCGCGCAGUCCACGAGCGAGUGCCCACACAUAAGCCCUUUACAUAUGGUUUUGCUGCACACAGAACAGACGAUCAAGUAUCUUCGAGUUGCACCGGCCGGGGUUUGGGCACUCGAUUAUUUUUUGACCCUUGAACAUGAAGCCCGUCUGUUCAGCACCAUGGGCGUCUUGAGCAUUGUGUCUGUCAUUUUUAUCGUAACUAGAUAUACCCCCGUAGUAUGGAUUAUCAGCGAAGUAUACGUUACUCUUGGGUCACAAGCAAUGGGAACGUGCAUGGCAACAUAUCGAACGAGUGGGGCGUCACUGCUCCUUAUCAUGUCAGCCGCAGAAGGUCUGCUCCUGAUGCGUACACUUGCAUUAUGGCAUAACAAUAGGAAGAUAAAGCUACUUUUAUUGGCAAGCUACUCGCUUGUUUUCAUAUCCAUGGCCACUUGCGAUAUAAUUGCGGGGCCUCUGUUCAAAAGUGUAUGUGCGCCCACAUCAACUCAGAGCGCUUUAGAGGAUGCUACAAGACUAGAACGCCUGAUAAUGGGCAAGUUUGUAAGCGCAGCACUGUUUGAAUUCAUAGCGAUCACUAUCACAAUAUAUCAUCCAAUACAACUACGUUCUAAUGGCAUAUGUAACAUCAGUAAGCUGGCGUCAACCUUGUCGAAGGGAAGUGUGCUAUACGCACUGUUGCUUCUUGCAAUCUCUGUUGCAAACAUUGUUUCUUUUUCUUUGCCGGUAUCACAAGGGCAGUGCGGGAUUAUAGAUGUGUUUCAAGGUGUCCUACACGGUGUUAUAGCUUCGCGCAUUCUUUUUGAUCUGAGGAAUACAACGUGCACAAGUCAGAGUGAAGAACACGACUGCCAAUUCACCUCAUAUAUAUCUAUUCCUUGCACUCAGUGCGCAUCACAAACGAUACCAAUGGCUGUCUUACCUGACGAAAUAAAUGUAUGAGCAUCCCUCGCGGAGUACCGCGUCUUUCAGUCAAAAAUAUUGCACGCAUUGCACGAGGCUGUAGGAUUACCAAGUAUGAUCAGCGGCUCAGCGCUCAGCUGUUGCAGUGUUUCUUGGCGCUAUGACGUGAGAGCGCUCGAGCCUUGUUAUACAAGUUCAGAGUACUUACAAGACAACUUGCUCGAGCCAUUAGCAGCUUCGAGCAGCUUUGCGGGGUUGACUUCCGAGCGCGUGGAAAGCGCGUAUAUGUUUGACCUCAACGUGACCUUACAAAAGUUGUUACAAAUCCUAUCUU